AUGUUGUCGUCUACUCUCUUGGUCCUCCUCGUCUCCUCCCCCCAGUUGAUCUUCGCCCAAGGUCACGCCACCUCCGACCAGGUAUCCGACUCGGCCACCAAAUACGACAACCUCUUUCUCUCUGCGCCUUACCCCGAUGGCUUUGGCAUCCCGCUAAAGGCACAAGCAGUCCUUCAUGUGGCAUACCCGAGCGGACCCAUCACCCUCGGAAAAUCAUACUCCGCAGAAGAUGUCAAGACUCUUCCUACGAUCACUGUCAUGCCUGCCGACCCUACCGCCUUCAAAGCCCCCAACGCCUUCACACUCAUGUUAGCCGAUGCGAAUGCUUUGGGAAACCCAGACAAGGAGGGUAACUACCGCCACUUCCUGGAGAACGGAGCGACUUUCGGCGAUGCAGGAGCCGAUGGCGGGAUGGCGAUGAACGUGGGCUCGGGGACAGUCGUGACGAACUACGCCGGCCCGGGUCCUCUCCCAAACACGGGCGAACACAGAUACGCCUGGAUGCUGUUCGCCCAGCCGUCCAAGUUCGCCGCGCCCUCCAACCUGACCGCCGCUGGGACUGCCCCGGGACAUUGGUAUGUGAACGGGUAUGUGGCCAGCAGCGGGCUUGGCGACUUGCUUGCUGCCAGCUUCUUCACCGUCGAGAAUGGGCACGCUACCUUCCCCCACAACGCCACCGUCGUCCACAGCAAUCCCACAGCCAACACUGCCACUCCCUCUGGCCAAUCGGGCACCAUGGCCGCCGCCGGCUCCAACUCUACCCAGGCUGCUGCCAAGAGCGACGCCGAUGGGCCGCUCUGGAACGACUUUGCCGGAACCGUUAAGAGCGUUGUCAUGGGCCUCGGCGUCGCCGUCUCUGGUUACAUCCUUGUCCAGUAA